AUAGCAACAUGAGUAGUAUGAAUGUACAGAGAAGUAUCUGCUCAGUGUUUCUAGCCACUGGCCAAGGGGGCAGAAGCAGAGGUAGACUCUAGAAGUUGCACAUACCUUGAGAGCUGCCAUAUGGCAGCACGUACAGUCUAUUAAACUGGAGUGGAUGAAGACUAAGAUAAUGGGCCUGGUCAGGAAACGAGGACCAGAUGACAACGAGGAUGAAAACCACCAUCCCCCUCAUUCUAAGAGAACAAGGAAGGACCAGGCCCUACAGGAUCCUCGUGCUAUGGAGGCGACAAGCAGUGGAAAUAGAAAGAACCAAACCAACAUCAAUAAUCCCAACCAUGAGAGAGUGCCCGAAAAUGACGUAAAUCAGAGCACUGCUAAAUUAGACUCCAGUAUCCCUGGGUUGUCCCAAAAGGAGGAGUAUGAAGUCUGCCAAGACCAAGAAUCUUACUCACACAUUAACAACAUCUUGAAGGAGGCUCAUUUUUAUAGCCUCCAAAAGAGAAGACAUUCUCUGAGCUGAAGGCUUUGGCAUUCUCCUUGUUGGUUAAUAUAUUAAAAACCAACGGCAUUCAUGCAAAGCA